AUGCUAUCUAUCUAUCUAUCUAUCUAUCUAUCUAUCUAUCUAUCUAUCAUUAUCAUUUCACCUCUAUCUAUCUAUCUAUCUAUCUAUCUUUUCACCUCUAUCUAUCUAUCUAUCUAUCAUUUCACCUCUAUCUAUCUAUCUAUCUAUCUAUCAUUUCACCUCUAUCUAUCUAUCUAUCUAUCUAUCUAUCUAUCUAUCUAUCUAUCUAUCUUUUCACCUCUCUCUCUAUCUAUCUAUCUAUCUAUCUUUUCACCUCUAUCUAUCUAUCUAUCUAUCUAUCUAUCUAUCUAUCUAUCUUUUCACAUCUAUCUAUCUAUCUAUCUAUCUAUCUAUCUCUUAUUCCACAUCUAUCUAUCUAUCAUUUCACAUUUAUCUAUCUAUCUAUUGACCAUGUUUCUCUCCACCUCUCUCUUUCCAUCACUCUCUUUCCACCUCCCCCUCUUUCCACCUCUCUCUCUUUCCAUCACUCUCUUUCCACCUCUCCCUCUUUCCACCUCUCUCUCUUUUUCAUCACUCUCUUUCCACCUCACCCUCUUUCCACCUCUCACUCUUUCCAUCACUCUCUUUCCACCUCUCCCUCUUUCCACCUCUCUCUCUUUCAAUCACUCUCUUUCCAUCACUCUCUUUCCACCUCUCUCUCUCUCUUUCCACCUCUCUCUCUUUUCAUCACACUCUUUCCACCUCACCCUCUUUCCCUCUCUCUCUUUCUUUCCAUCACUCUCUUUCCACCUCACCCUCUUUCCCCAUUCUCUCUCUUUCCAUCACUCUCUUUCCACCUCUCUCUCUUUCCAUCACUCUCUUUCCACCUCUCCCUCUUUCCACCUCUCUCUCUUUCCAUCACUCUCUUUCCACCUCUCCCUCUUUCCAUCACUCUCUUUCCACCUCUCCCUCUUUCCACCUCUCUCUCUUUUCAUCACUCUCUUUCCACCUAACCCUCUUUCCACCUAUCUCUCUUUCCAUCACUCUCUUUCCACCUCUCCCUCUUUCCAUCACUCUCUUUUCAUCAAUCUCUUUAUACCUCACACUCUUUCCACCUCUUUCUCUUUCCAUCACUCUCUUUCCACGUCUCCCUCUUUCCACCUCUCUCUCUUUCCAUCACUCUCUUUCCACCUCUCUCUCUCUUUCCAUCACUCUCUUUCCACCUCUCCAUCUUUCCACCUCUCUCUUUUCAUCACUCUUUCCACCUCACCCUCUUUCCACCUCUCUCUCUUUCCAUCACUCUCUUUCCACCUCUCCCUCUUUCCACUUCUCUCUCUUUCCAUCACUCUCUUUCCACCUCUCCCUCUUUCCACCUCUCUCUCUAUUCAUCUCUCUCUUUCCACCUCAGCCUCUUUCCAUCACUCUCUUUCCACCUCUCUCUCUCUCUCUUUCCAUCACUCUCUUUCCACCUCUCCCUCUUUCCAUCACUCUCUUUCCACCUAA